UGUCAUCAUUUUUGUGGCUUGCGCUGGCCUGAUACGCGGGACUAGAAUUGUUCAGAACUCGCAGUUAUCUGUGAUUCUUGCAGCUAGGAGGUUCCAACUGAUUAGUUUUCUGAAAUUCUUGUUAUUUGGCGGGACCGUCGCAUCAUUGACUCAUGGUUUUUGAAUCCAGGACGUUGCCCGGCAAAUUAGGGACUAUUCGGAAUUCGGGUUUGCUAUAUUCAAUAAUUUUCGUGAUGUUAUAUAAUUUUUGUUACAUUUGGUUACGAGUGUUGAUGAAAAAAAAAUCAUAUCUCAUUUCAAGUGGGUAAUAGUGAAUGUCGAUCAAAAUCCAGUGAGUCCAUGCAUUCGAUGUUAUCUUCUUCUAACAUCUCUGUUCUAAUUGACCUGCAAUCCGGUGACGUUAUGUUAAUAUGUGGAUUACGCCCUAUUAAUACCAAGCUCUCGAUCAAAUUAAAACUGAAACAACUGUCGAGCAAGCGAGGUCAACGUAAGCGCAUUCGAUGGUGCAGAAAACUGCGACUUCACGCUAAUGAUGAUCAUAAUUUUUUUGCUUUUUGACCGUUGACGAUCUUCUCGCUCUCUUUUUGAUUAUCGAAGUAUGAUCGAUGAACAAUUUUCGUAACCUCACAAGGGUGACAAUUACUAUUUUCAAUACCCAAAGAAAGAGUAAACUUCGUUAUGAGUGACGCCGCAGGUACUACGGAGCGUAAAAAUCAUCAUCAAAGGGACGCCGUACAGACGCGAAAACCUUCGAAGGCAGCUACGACGAGUGGUGCAGAAGCAAAUGAAGAUCCGGAGACUCAAUUGGCUGGAAAAGUUCUCGUUAAGGAAAAACAGCGUGCCAAGGGCAUGUCCAUCGUAAAGCAGCCAAAUUUCUAUACGGACAGAAGAAUAACCGCGGCUGAAUUUCAGCGGCGUCACACUUGGCUUCAAAAAACAAGGAUCAGUGUUGCACAGUCCAAAAACCGUUGUCGAAUAACUAACGAGGUCAAGUUUUCGGAGACCUUCAAAGGCCUCUUCAGCGCGCGUUUUUCAUCGAAUGGAGAAGUGUUUGCAGCAUCUUUCGGUACCGGGGCUAUUCAAGUAACUCCUCCUUCCUUCGUCCCCCCAUCGAUCUGGAGAACUUACAUUUCGAUCAAACAUCUGUCAAUCCUUCCGUUCUGCCAGGUCCGGAACGGUGAAACUGCCGAGCUAAAAGCGACGCUUAGGAGUAGCAUGGAAACGUCGUUUCCGGUGGUGUGUUGCCGCUUCAAUCCGUCGCGGAAAGAUAUUUUCUAUGCCUCCAGUGCUUGUGGGAAUAUUUUUUUAUGCACUACCAGUACAUACGAGUUCUCACGCUUCAUCGCAGAACCGAAAAAUGAGAUAAACACGAUAGACGUCAAUCUCACCGGUGAACAUUUGGUCUCAGCUGGAAAGGAUACUGCAAUAAGACUAUACGAUGCUGAAAAUGGAAAGCUCAUCACCGUGUACAGAAAAAAUGCGGCGGACUUGUUGGAGGAUAAAGUGAAUAAGUAUCAUCGAAUGAGAGUUUACGCGGCAAAAUUUCACCACGGGCAACCAGACGUUUUUGUCACUGGUGGCUGGGACGACACCGUCAGGGUAUCGCGAUCGUUCGCCGGACUUCUUCCGCUUUGUUUUGAUCUUCUUGUCUCAUUUCAGAUUUGGGACAGCAGGGCAAGCUCGGGGUCUGUCCGAGUUAUCAAAGGGCCUCACAUUUGCGGAGAUGCCAUCGAUAUCAAAGAUUCCAGGAUUCUGACUGGCUCUUGGGUAGUCAGUGGUAGUUUGCAGCUGUGGGAUAUGACAAGCGGAAAGUUAAUAGAGACGAUUAACCCCCAGAACCGCCCGACGACUCUUGACGGAGAGUUUCUAUACACCGUUCAAUUUUUCGACGGCGAUCCCUACGGCGAAACUGUCCUGUGCGGAGGAUCAGGAACUAACGCGGUCGAAGUUGUCAGCCUUAAGGAUAAAAAAGUUGUGGGCUCUUUCCAAGUGAAUAAAGCGAUCGUGGCUUUGGACAGCAAUCAGACGACAAUUGUGUUCGGUGGCAUGGAAUCUGUGAUACGAAUCGCUGAUUACAGCUAAUGAUCUAAUGUAAUCUUGCAAUCCGUGAUGUCUUGAUGAUCUUACUAUGUUCUAUGGAGCAAUCUGCAGUAUUAGUUUUUGAUGCGUUGUUCGAAAAAUAAAUAAAUAUGCAUCGAGAUUCUUCCUAAGGGUGCAGAGUAAUUUUAUUUUUCCAUUCUUCUGUGUGGUUUAGUCGACAGACUCGUGUUUCUAAUAUAAAAAUAGAUCAGAAACGAUUCCAAGCAUAAUAAUUUCUCUACGAUGGAUCUUCCAAAAUCUAAAAACUAUAGCCUUUGAAUUUUCCCGAUUUUUGAUUCUAUUCUAACUUCUCACAUCAGCUUUCAGAAGCACUUACAUUUGAACGAGGUUGAAUAAUAUUGAUGGUGUUCAAGUCUUCCUCAGCCAAUCAGCGAAGCAAUGAAAUGUCACCCUGCCGCGUAUCUCGCUUUUCAAAUUGGCAUCUCGUGGAUUUGAUUGGACAUGAGCUUUUCCGGAAAGGAUGAUCAAGCUAUUGUUGACAUUUUGCUGCCCUUGCGAGUACCAUAUCUGAAAUAAAUCGACAUUCUAUUGUCAUAUUACGCUUGAAAUUCGCAUCCAAAAAGUGCCUAGGGUCGCUUUUAUCCGCGUGAUCUUCACCCAGAUGACCGCCUAGUACCAGAGAAGGAUAAUCAUAUAGUUUGCAGAUCCAUCGAAGUCACUGGUAAUCGCAAGUACCGCAGACCUUCAAAUACGAAGACUUUGUUAGUUGACUCAGUUUUUUUGUGGGUUAUCUGCUCGGAUGAUAAUGGUGCAUUACGAGUGUCCUGAGUAUUCUCAACGGAAAAGUGACAUUUGUCGACCCAAGGAUAACAUCGGUAUAUCUUGCACUUUUUCUCAAG